GAAAACAAAAGAAUGAAAAUAAGAGAUAAAAAACAAAUACAGAAGUGCUAUUUAAAUAUCUUCAGUGGAAUUUUCUCGGCUCUGGGUCUCAUGCUUUUGACAUUUGACUUGUGGCUUUUGUUUGACAGAAACAAUUUCUUCAGUGUUUUUCUUGGCACUGGAUCUGUUAUUACUUUUACAUCAGCUGUGGGAGUCCUUGGAGUUGUGGAAAUGAAAUGUCUGCCAGUUACACUCACAAGAAUUCUUAAGUACGUAUGGGACUUAGUUGGCUUUGGGCAUUUUUUUCAAUAUUUGAAUUUUCAAAUCCUAGUGUUUGUAAUGCAGAUGGCAAUAUUGAUGCUUAUAAUUACGAAAAAAGAAGAGAUAUACAAUCAAUGGAACAACAGAAUUGAUGAUUUUAUUUCUGAAUAGGAGAGUCUGACUAAGCAGGAAUCUAUGUGAAACAUUCUGAAUGCUAUGCAGCAUGAUAUGGAAUGCUGUGGAAGGUACAGUGCCACACAGUGGGAAAGAAAGAAAACAAAGAAAGAUAAUACUCAGUUCUAAUGUUCAUGCACAAAGUACGAUAUGAAGAAAUGGUUUUGUGAUUUCCCAAGGGAUUCAACAUACAGUAUGACGGACCUGAUCAGUAGCAUCCUGAAAGAGGUCGAGGAGGUGUCUGGAGCUCUGGUGCUGUCCUCUCAGCUGCCCACGGUCCCCUGA